ACCAUACACUAAUGUUUAUUAGGUGGGCUGUGGGCCUUAGGCCAUGGGCUGUCAUUCAGAUUGCCAGUUCCGUUAGCGAUGUUCGGGUACCUGACUGAUAACAGAGACUGGCAAGUGACACUUGGCACCAUUUUCAUUGACCAUCAGCUUUGGCCUUUGCCCUUUUUUGGAGCUUCGCUCGCUGGCAGUGGACUGUACACGACCACUGAACCACUCCGACUAGCUUAUCCGAUCUCCCUCUCCCUCCUGUAGUCCUGUUUCAUACUUACUGGAUCGGAGCCAUCGACGAAAGAAGUCCUGCAAGCGAGCGAGCGAGCGAGCGAGAGAGAGAGAUGACGCUGGGAACGUCGAUGCAGGCGUAUGGAGAGCCGACAUACUGGGACAACAGGUAUGUCCAAGACCCUGGGCCGUUUGAUUGGUACCAGAAAUACCCAUCAUUAGCGCCAUUGUUCCACCAGUACGUUCGUCGAGAUCACCGGAUCCUUGUCGUCGGCUGCGGUAACGCAGUGUUCAGUGAAGGAAUGGUUGAUGAUGGUUAUCGAGAUGUUGUCAACAUUGAUAUAUCCUCGGUAGUGAUUGAAGCUAUGCAAAAGAAAUGUCAAGAUCGUCCAGAACUGAAAUAUAUUAAAAUGGAUGUUCAAGAUAUGAGUGCUUUUGAGGCAGGUUACUUUGAUGCUGUCAUUGAUAAAGGAACUCUAGACUCUCUCAUGUGUGGACACAACUCACAACAGAACGUGACUAAGAUGCUUGAAGAGGUUGGGAGGGUCCUCAAAAAUAAGGGAGUCUAUAUUCUUAUUACUUAUGGAGCUCCAAUUUAUCGUCUACAUUUGUUGAGAGACCUGUGCAUGUGGACGAUAAAACUUCAUGUAAUUGGAAUAAUUGAUCUUAAUAUGAUAUUAGCAGAGAAACCAGUGGCCGAAAGAACUACAGAGCAUACAAAAUGGGAGUUGACAGAUCCUGUUCCAUUGGACGAGGGAAGUAGCUCAGUUGACGCAGCCCUUGGCAAGAAUCCUGAGGUCCAUUAUAUCUAUGUUUGUACAAAGGACAACUCUCUGAGAGAAUCAAGCAUUAGAUGAACCAUUAAGAGGAGAUGAAUGGCUAGUUUGAACUCUGAAGAUAAUUGAAAUUUGUAUCCAUUGUUAGUGUAUUCCAUACACUUGUGCUGUUGGAAGGGAAGUAUACAGAAUGAUAAUUUUUUCUUCAAUGUAUGAUGCAUGGAGAGAGAUCUUUAACCUGUACAGAAUUUGAUGACAUUGCUGGUUGAAAUUGUUGAUAUCAUAUAUUCGAAGUGAUCACCGGACUUUUCAAA